AUGAGCUCCUCCGGGAAGAACAAGAGGAUACACAUUGAGCCCUUCAAGCAUCCCCCCCAGAUGCACCCACACUAUGCAGAGCAAACUUGGAAAGUCCUGGAGGAUGCCAUCGAGAAGAUUCACAACCAUAACGCGAGCAAGUUGAGUUUUGAGGAGCUCUACAGAAAUGCAUACAACAUGGUGCUGCAUCGGUUCGGCGACAAGCUCUACAUGGGCUUGAUAAACACACUUACCUACCAUCUGCACAAGAUUGCAGCUGUUGUGGAGAGUGCACAUGGGGAAUCCUUCCUGAGGGAGCUGAAGAACAGAUGGGAUGAACACCAAAAAUCAACACAAAUGAUCAGAGAUAUUUUGAUGUACAUGGACAGAACAUAUGUUCAACAGAACCAAAAAACACAUGUCUACCAGCUUGGCUUGGAUCUGUGGUGUCAAGUUGUGGUGCGAAACCGCCAGAUUUCUGAAAGGCUGCGCAGAAUCUUGCUGGAGCUGGUUCACAAGGAAAGAACAGGGGAGGUCAUUGACAGGUUGCUAAUGCGCUCAGUCAUCAAGAUGUUCACCGCCUUGGGCAAGAAUGUGUAUGUGGCUGACUUCGAGGAGCCCUUCCUCUCGGCGUCGGCAGAGUUUUACAAGAAAGAAGCCAAUGAGUACAUCAGUAGCAGCGACUGCCCCGAGUAUCUCAGGAAAGCUGAACGACGUUUGACAGAGGAGAAAGAGAGGGUUGGGAGUUACCUGGAUGCCUCUUCGAUGGACAGGAUCGUCAGUGUUGUGCAGAUGGAGCUGAUCUUGAAUCAGAUGAAGACCCUUAUCGACAUGGAGAACUCUGGGGGUGUUGCGCUGCUCAGGGACAACAAGUAUGAUGACCUGUACCGCAUGUACUGCCUAUUUGGCCAAGUGCAGGGUGGCUUGGAGCUGGUGAAGGAGGUGAUGGCCAACUAUGUGAAGGACACAGGGAGGCAGCUGGUGCAGGACCCAGAGAGGUCCAAGGACCCAGUGGGAUUUGUGCAGGGGCUGCUGGACCUCAGGGAAAAGUACGAGCUGAUUAUCAAGCAGGCAUUCAAGGAGGACAGGAAUUUCAGGAAUGCUCUCAACCAGGCUUUCGAGCACUUUGUCAACUUAAGUCCCAGGUCACCAGAGUACAUAUCGCUCUUCAUUGAUGAAAAACUGAGGAAGGGCAUAAAGGACCUUGGCAACAGCGAAUCGGAUUUGGAGGCACUCCUGGACAAGGUUAUGACCAUCUUUAGGUUCUUGCAGGAGAAAGACGUGUUUGAGAAGUACUAUAAGCAACACCUUGCCAAGAGGCUGCUCUCGGGGCGCAGCUUUUCGGACGAUGCUGAACGCAGCCUGCUUGUCAAGCUUAAGACUGAGUGCGGGUACCAGUUCACCAGCAAGCUGGAGAGUAUGUUCAAUGACAUCAAGACGUCAGAAGACAUGAUGAGGGAUUUUAAGGACAAGCUGGAGGGAAGCGAGACGGAGCUGGGAUUGGAGCUGUCUGUACAGGUGCUGACCACGGGGUCUUGGCCGGCACAGGCCACGGACCAAUGCCUUCUGCCCCGGGAGCUGGAGGCGUGCUGCGAGGAGUUUCAGAAGUUCUACCUCCAUGUGCGGAAUGGCAGGCGGCUCACUUGGCAGACCAACAUGGGCACUGCUGAGCUGAAGUUCUCAUGCGGUGGCAGGAGCCCCCAUAUCCUUGCCGUGUCGACCUACCAGGCCUGCGUGCUGAUGUUGUUCAACGACAGCGACAGGCUGACGUACCAAGAAAUCGCAGACGCCUCCAAGAUUCCCCCGGCAGAGUUGAAGAGGAAUCUGCAGUCGCUCGCCCUGGUGAAAGGCAAGAACAUUUUGGUGAAGGAGCCCAUGAGCAAGGAGGUGAACGACAGCGACGUGUUCACGUUCAAUGACAAGUUCCAGAGCAAGUUCACUCGGAUCAAGAUAGGCACGGUGACGGCGCAGAAGGAGAGCGAGCCUGAGAAGCAUGAGACACGACAGAAGGUGGAGGAGGACCGAAAGCCACAGAUAGAGGCGGCCAUCGUGCGCAUCAUGAAGGCCCGGAGGGUCCUGGACCACAACAGCAUCGUGACCGAGGUGACCCACCAGCUGGCGCCGCGAUUCAACCCAAACCCCUCUGUGAUCAAGAAGCGCAUCGAGAGCCUGAUCGAGAGGGAGUUUUUGGAAAGGGACCAACACGACCGCAAGCUGUAUCGGUACCUGGCAUGA